ACUCUGGCUUGUGUUAACAACUGGAGCUCGCCCGGCGCCUCCGUCCGCGCGUGGGCAGUGGCGGCAGCUGGAUGUCAGCUAAGAUGCUGUGGCGGGGCCACGGCCCGACGUUCGGGAGUCUUUCUCCUCCCUAGCUCAGGUCGCACUGCGCGUUUUCUGCCACGGCUCGUGGGUCCUGCGGCUGCGAGCACACCUAGGAGCGCAGGUUCCCACCUCCAGCCAUGUCCACUGCGGAGGCCUUGGCCGUGGCGGACGUCGUCGAGCCCAGUGACAGGACGAAGUCCGGCAGUCCCCGCAUGAUCCCAGUGUUCGGGGCGGUGAUCCGGGAUGACGACAUGCAGGGUAUUUUCAAGCCAAUGGACCUCAAUCGUAUCAUCAAACUCCUUGAAGAGGAUGAUAAGGAUGACUCAGAAGAAAAACAACUUAGUUACAUCAAGAAACUUGUACACUGUUAUCAGAAUGGAUUUCCUCUAAGAGAUUUGGUGCAGAUAUUUAAAAUUCUGAGUCUAUGUGCAGAAAAACUUGAAAGGCAGCCCUGUUUUGUUGAACCUGCAUCUGACCUUAUAAAAUUGUGUGGCUUGCCAUUUUUGAAAAAGAAAGUAUCAGAUGAAAUAACCUAUACUGAAGAUACUGCCAAUUCACUUGCUCUUCUGGGUGAAUUAAUGAAAAUACCAAAUUCUAAAUUAAGGAUACAAAUUUGUAAGUGUAUUAUUGACUUCUAUCAUGCAGAGCCACCAAAAAAGCACAUUCCAGGCUACCAGCAAGUUAGCUCCUCAUACAAGAUCAAAAUGGCCGAGAUCGGAGGAUUGGCAAAAGCAGUGGUCGAGUCAGUUCUCCUGCUUGAAAAUCAGCUUGUUGAGAAACUUUGGGUUCUUAAAGUUCUGCAGCAUCUCUCUACGUCUGAAGUUAAUUGCACUUUAAUGGUGAAAGCGCAAGCAGCCAGCAGAAUCUGUGCUCACCUCAAUGACCCAGAUCCCUCAGGACAGCUUCUAUUUCGUUCAUCAGAAAUACUUUGGAAUUUAUUGGAAAGAUCUUCAAAAACUGAAAUUAUACAACAGCUUAGUAACUUGGAAUGCCUUCUGGCUUUGAAGGAAGUAUUUAAAAAUCUGUUUAUAAGGGGCCAUAGUCAUUAUGAACGUCAACUUAGAAAUGAUAUCUUAGUUAUCACCACAAUUAUAGCUCAGAACCCCGGAGCACCAAUGAUUGAAUGUGGCUUUACCAGGGAUUUGAUACUAUUUGCAACUUUCAAUGAAGUUAAAAGUCAAAAUCCUUUGGUAAAAAGCCUUAAGCUUUCUAAUUCCUAUGAAGACUUUGAGUUGAAGAAAUUGUUAUUCAACAUGAUUAUAAUCUUAUGUAAAGAUCUAACCACUGUACAGCUACUAAUCGAUGGCAAGGUUAUUUUGGCUUUGCUUACCUUUGUCAAAAAGCCUGAGCGACUCAAAAUUAUCGAGUGGUCUGCCGCGCAGUAUGAAGAGCUACAACUGCAUGCACUUGCCACCCUGUCCUCAGUGGCGCCUCUGUUAAUAGAGGAGUAUAUGUCAUGCCAGGGCAACGUUCGAGUCCUUGCAUUUCUAGAAUGGUGUGAUCACGAGGAUAACUUCUUCAUUCAUGGUAACAGUUUCCAUGGUACAGGUGGCCGUGGAAACAAGUUUGCCCAGAUGCGUUACACUUUACGGCUCCUCAGAGCCAUGGUUCACCUUGAAGAUGAGACUGUGAACACGGAUCUUUGUGAAAAAGGUGUUAUUCAUCAACUGAUAGGAAUCUUUAAAAAUAUGAUAAGCAGACCUGAUGAAAAGGAAGAGGCCAUUGCCUUAGAAAUCCAGUCUGACAUAUUACUGAUCCUGUCAGGUCUUUGUGAACACAAUAUUCAAAGGAAGGAAAUGUUUGGGAGUGAAGGAGUUGACAUAGUCCUUCAUGUAAUGAAGACAGACCACAAGAAGUUACAGAUUGGCCUGGGCCACAACGUCCUGCUCUUCAGUACUUUAGACUGCAUUUGGUGCUGCAUUUUGGGGUGUUAUACUUCUGAGGAUUAUUUUCUUGAAGAGGAAGGGAUUUUCCUACUUUUGGAUAUAUUGGCACUGAACCAAAAAAAAUUCUGUAAUCUGAUACUUGGAAUAAUGGUUGAAUUUUGUGAUAAUCCCAAAACUUCUGCUCAUGUCAAUGCUUGGCGAGGGAAGAAAGACCUGACUGCUGCUAGUCUCCUAAUUAAACUGUGGAGAAAAGAAGAAAAGGAACUAGGGGUAAAGCGUGAUGAGAACGGCAGGAUCGUUGAUACAAAGAAACCUCUGUUAACUAGUUUUCAAAAAGAGCAAAAGAUCAUGCCCCUUCCUGCUAACUGCCCAUCGAUUGCAGUGAUGGAGGUUGCUGAGAACAUCAGAGCAAAAAUUUAUGCCGUGUUGGGCAAACUAGAUUUUGAAAACUUACCUGGCCUGUCUGCUGAAGAUUUUGUCACCCUCUGUAUAAUACACAGAUACCUCGAUUUUAAAGUUGGAGAAAUAUGGAAUGAAAUAUGUGAAGAAGUAAAGUUGGAAAACUUAAAGUUAGUCACUGCCGAUGAGAAAUCUUUGCAGUCUAUUAUAGCAGCAACAGAAAAUAUUGGAAAGAUGGUUGCUUCCUUGCAAAAUGAGAUGAUUGAAAGCCAAGCACGCCAAGAUGUGCAAAACGAACAAAGAGUAUAUGCAAAAAUACAGGCCACACAUAAGCAAAGAGAGCUGGCUAAUAAGUCAUGGGAAAACUUCUUGGCUAGAACAUCAAAUGCCAAAACAUUAAAGAAAGCAAAAAGGCUUCAAGAAAAGGCUAUAGAAUCCUCUAAAUACGCUGAACGACCACAUAAUGCCACCUAUCACCAAACACUUAUUAAAGGCCUUAACACAACGGUACCUUCGGGUCGGGUGGUGACAGUGGAAAGCACCCCUGUUCGAUUACUGGGAGGACCUCUGGCUGACACAGACAUUGCUCUUAAAAAACUGCCUGUUCGUGGAGGAGCCUUGCAGCGGGUGAAAGUGAAGACGCUGAAUGAGUCUAAAAAGAGCAUCCCCAUCUGAAGUGCCCUGU